UUAUCUUGGCCGCUGAUUAGACACUGUUCAAAAUGGCGACUCGAUUGGCAGCCGAUUUUCUCAAUGAUUGGAAAAACGAAGUAAAUCCUGACUUGCAGAAGGAAAGGGACACUUGCACAUUUAAUAUAGAAGAAGUUACACACAUUCUCGAUGGCGGAAGAGAUGAAACCAAGAAACGUAAAAAACUUGAGCAACUGUUCUUCACCAAGUAUGUUGAUCUGUUUUCCUUCAAGAAAAGGCCAUUCUUGUCCAAAUCAGAGACCUAUGAAGCGUCUGUGGCCAAAUCAGUGAAAGUGUUUGAAUUGAUGAGGGAGCAUAACUGGUCAGAAGCAGACAUGGAUCUCAUUUCAAAAAUUCUGAACUACGACUUUGCUCUGAGUCUUCACCAUACAAUGUUCAUCCCAGGCAUAGAGAGGUUGGGCACAGAUGAACAGAAGGCCAAGUGGCUGCCUCUUGCUCAGUCCUACCAGAUUGUGGGAACCUACGCUCAGACCGAGCUGGGGCAUGGUACCAACCUGCUGGGUUUGGAGACCACAGCAACCUAUGACAGAGACAGUGAUGAGUUUGUGCUGAAUACACCACGCCUCUCCUCCAUGAAAUGGUGGCCUGGGGGACUGGGCAAGUCCAGUACCCACGCUAUCAUCCUUGCCCAUCUAGUGAUAGAUGGAGAGAAGUAUGGCAUGCAUGGCUUCAUGGUGCAGCUGAGAAGUCUCGAGGACCACAUGCCUAUGCCUGGUCUGAAGAUGGGAGAUAUUGGACCCAAACUGGGAGCAAACAACGUAGACAAUGGCUUUCUUAUACUCAACAAAGUGCGAAUACCUCGGGACAACAUGCUGAUGCGAAACGCACGGGUGACACGGGGUGGGAAGUUCCAGCAGCUUUCCACCAGCAAGGCCAACUAUGCCACCAUGGUGCUUGUGCGAGUGAAGAUCAUUGGCUGGUCCACAGACACCCUCAGACAGGCCUCCUGCGUUGCCGUGAGAUACAGUGCCACUAGGAGACAGACCACUCUUAAACCGGGUACCCCAGAGCAGCAGGUUCUAGACUUCCAGACCCAGCAGUUCAAGGUGACCCCGAGUGUGGCAGCAGCCUAUGCCUGCAGCUUCCUGGCCCAGUCCAUGUUGACUCUGUACAAGCGGGUGUUUGCUGAGAUUGUCAAGGGGAACAACUCUAACCUUGCUGAGCUGCAUGCCCAGUCUGCAGGCUUGAAGGCAUUCCUCACAGACAUGGCCACUGGGAUGGUGGAGGUGUGUAGGAGGUCCUGUGGGGGUCACGGCUACCUUGUGUCAUCUGGGGUGGCAGAGAACAUGGUGGGAUCUUUGGCCAUGGUCACUGUGGAGGGAGAGAACACAGUCCUGUAUCUGCAGACUGCACGAUACCUGAUGAAACAAAUAUCGCAAGCGGUAUCUGGAACAAAGACAAAGGGCAGUACUGCUUACAUGAACAGGGACAUGUCAGCCUAUGUGUGUCCACUAGAUCACCCAGCUGACUGCAGGGACCCCCAUAAACUCAGGGAGCUGUAUGUUCAGCGGGCCCACAGGGUUGUGAUUAUGGUGGCCCGGAAGUUACAGCUAGACAUGGAGGCAGGUCAUCCACAGGAGGUGGUGUUUAACAAUAACAUGGUGUCCCUUGUCAGGGCUGCCAAGGCACAUCUUCAUCUGACCACGAUAGAUACGUUCCUGUCUAGGGUAGACUACCUGUGUGAGACCUGUAGUGCCCCAGUUGCCCGAGUCUUGACGGAGUUGUGUACCUUCUUUGUGCUCUUCGGCAUUGAUCAGGAAGCAGGAGAGUUCUUGGAGGCGGAGACAUUGGGCCUUCAACAGAUGGAGUGGGUCAGACAUGAGAUGCUGAAUCAUCUCGCUGUUCUCAGACCAAAUCUUGUUGGUCUGGUGGAUGCCUAUGACAUGCAUGACGAGACAGUGGCCUCCACACUAGGCCAGUAUGAUGGGAACGCCUACCAGCACCUCUACCAGUCAACACAGUAUGAACCCAUGAACCAGACUGAGGUUCACCCAUCCUACUACAAACAUCUCCGUGGCUUGCUGAAAGGUGCCCCACAGGCAAAAUUGUAGUGACCGUUUUAAACAUUAGUUUGUCAUCAACAUAAUUCCAACAUUUUAGUAUACUCUUAUGUAAAGAAACCCUACUGGAACUCAUGAACAAUAAAAAAUAAGACUGUGCUUGUGAUUUGAGGUAGUGGACAGUGAUCCUAGAUAAAAAUAUGUUUUUCACUUAAAUUUAUGUAACAAUAGGCAGUGGCUUUUGAGACAGUAUAUAUAUCAGUUUCAGAAUAAACAAGCAAAUUCAUUGAA